GCCGGUUCGGCUGCGCUCGUGCGAGUCGAUGUAAGGUUGGGAGCGUCGUGUCGCGUGAAAGGGAGUGUCGCGGCCAUCUCGACGCCCUUCUCGAGUCGCACUUCAUCUAUAAUCUAUACGGAUCCGCCACGAUUUCGUGGAACUCUCAGGAUGCUUGACCGUUUGAUGCCGUUGUCGACGAGCCUGGUCGAGCGUCAGUCGAGUUGGCCAGUUACCGACACCGUUCCUUGAUCGCGGACAAGUGUCUUCCAGCAUCAAGGUGAAUCCCGUCGUUGGAGCAUCCUCUCGAUGCUACUCGUGAACUGGUCGGAGAGUGAGUGAAAGGGGGUCUCGAAGUCGAUUCGUCUCAAGGGUAGCGCAUCCUCGAGGCCAGCCUGGUGGUCUCGGCUUCAAGGACGCGGUUGAAGGCGCCUUCACGCCCGGAGAACGGAGAAAGAGGCAUAGUUUUUUAUCAAGAUGACGGGGCGCACCAGGGGACGGUAGUUCGUGGUUGGUAGGGAUGUCCUCGUGACAUGUUACCCCGUGACCUUGGCUGUCGCGACUACAACGUCCUCCACGGAGAGGCUCGUCUGCUGGCACACGGAUCGAGCGAGGAUAACGGACGAUCGGCGUCGAUUCGUCCACGCGGAGUCGAGUACAGGCUGCUGCCCGUCGUCCAGCUGAAACCUGACUUCCCGAUCCCGUAUGUUCUCUGCUGGAGGGUGGCCAGCACGAUCCACAGGAUUCAGAUCCCGAUACAACACCAUCAGCAUCAUCGUUAUCAGCGGCACCAUCGGCAACGUCGUCGACGACACUUUCAGGCUGCUAUCGCGCCCAGAAGACAUCCUCUUCCGGUCCCGGCUUCUUCCUCCAGAUACCCUUCACCUUACGGCUCUAUCUUACAACGUGGCAAUCGUCCUCUGCAACCUGGUAUGGAAACAAGGUACAAAGCGAAUCGUUGCGUGAGCGGGGGCGGUGGCCGCGGAAACGGUGCGACUGGCGGUACCGGAGGCGGUCUAGGUAACGGAGGCAGCGGCCGCGGAGGCGGCGGGGGCGGCAGCCCCGGUAGGGGCGGAGGAGGAGGCGUCGGCGGAGGCGGCGGCGGAGGAGGCGGAGGAGGAGGAGGAGGAGGUCGCGGUGGAGGAAUAGACGGUGGCGCGGUGCCUGCUGCAGCACCACCGACCGUCGGCCAUUACCACCACCACCACCACCAUCACCAUCACCAUUAUCAUCAUCUCGUCACCACGACCACCACGACUAACACCACCACCACCACUGGCGUCACCAGGCAUCUCAGGCACAAGCUACCCCUCGGCAAGCAGUGCCUCGAACACCGUCAUCAGCACCGGCAUCACCAUCGGUCCCCCUAUCGGGCCUUAAACAUGGGCCAAAAGAUUUCAGGCGGCGUGAAAAGCGUGACACGCGAGGCUGCAGCUGGAACAGUCGGUGGAGUGAGCGUCGGCGGUGGCGGCGUGGUAGCGUAUAAACCAGUGGUACCCAGAGAGCUGGCGCAACAUUUCGCAAGGCCACCACGGCUCGAUGUUCUGUUCGACAUGCCACCCGCCUCGCGGGAGACGCAGAUUCAUCACAGCUGGAACGCCAACGAUCGUAGCCUCAAUAUAUUUGUCAAGGAUGACGACAAGUUAACGUUUCAUCGGCAUCCCGUGGCCCAGAGCACAGAUUGCAUAAGGGGGAGGGUGGGAUACACGAAAGGUAUGCACGUGUGGGAGUUGUUUUGGAGCACGAGGCAAAGAGGCACGCAUGCCGUGGUGGGCGUCGCGACGGCAGAGGCACCGCUUCACAGCGUCGGUUAUCAAAGCCUGGUCGGCUACAACGAACAAAGCUGGGGUUGGGAUUUAGGUAGAAAUAAACUUCUUCACGACUCGAAGAACAAUACCGGUAUCACGUAUCCGGCCUUACUCAAACCCGACGAAACGUUCAUCGUUCCUGAUAAAUUCCUUGUGGUCCUGGACAUGGACGAAGGUACGUUAGCGUUCGUCGUGGACGGUCAGUACCUUGGUGUUGCGUUCAAAGGACUCAGAGGCAAGAAGCUGCACCCUAUCGUUUCUGCUGUGUGGGGACACUGCGAGAUCACGAUGAAAUACAUCGGUGGACUUGAUCCCGAACCUUUGCCCCUCAUGGACCUCUGUCGAAGAGUAAUUCGGAAACGAAUCGGCAAGGAGAAGAUAGAAGAAAAGGUGAACGCUUUGAGCCUACCGUUAGCAUUGAAAACUUACCUCCUGUAUCGCGACAGGAGGUAACCACCGAACGGUAUCUUAAAGGAAACCACCACGAUCGCGAUUGUGAACACCACCGCGCUAUUAUUAUACCGUUGCCACCACGACGCACAGGGGAACGCCCGCUACCCCGUCGCCAGCCACCGAGCACAACAGCCCAUAAGCCGCUUCUACGAUCUAUGGUGUUUGUAUCCGUGUCGUCAGGAUAAUAAGUCAAGACGAGCAACAACAGCGUCACGAUACCUAGCUUGGUCGAUGAUUCGUACCUUGUUCUUGUACUCGUGUUCGUUAUACUCGUCGUCAUCGUUGGCAUGCUCAACGUCGUCGUCGUCGUCGUCGUCGUCGUCGUCGUCGUUGUCAUGUUCAUUAUCGUCGUUGUUGUUAAUAACCUGAUCGUUUAUUCGUCGUUGUCGUUCUUGGAUAAGAUCGAACGACGCUUUCACACGGGGACAAGAAAAGAAGAACAUAAAAAACGCGGAACACACGCACGAGCCGGUUAUAUAAAUAUAUAUAUUGUAUAUCGGGUCUAGCUAAUUAUUUAGGUGAUAUUGUUGUCUUGUGUUAAAACGUCUUGCACGAUUAAAAUCGUGACGAAGUCUUUAUUGAUUGUUAAAUGAUUGAAACAGAGCACGGUACUCGUAUGCGAUUUGGGGUAUCAUCUCUCUUUUUUUAGUUCGAUAGCUUUUUCGCGUAUUUUCGCUCGACGCUGGCUUGUCUGUCUGUUUGUCUGUUUUCUCCUUUGAAUUGUUGGAAAAAAGGAACGCGUUUUGUGUGUGGCGAAAAAUAUCGGAUGGAAGAUCGAAGAUCCAGAUUUAAUAUGGGCUAUAGAAGAUACGCGCGUGGCUUGAGCGAAGGAUGAAAAUCAAUGAAAUGAUCACGAAGAAAAAACCAACGAACAGCGCUUCAAACAGAGUUGGCCAGUAAAAAAAAGCAACACGUUAGACUUAGUUAGAGUCUGAAGGCUGAUACAGGCAACGUUUCGAUGAUUAGUCAAACAAUGGGUAGCGGGCUCCUUCUAGUCCGGCCACUGCGCGAAUAAUUAAUCACGAAGACGAUGAACAGCAGCAACAGCAAGAAAAUUAAACGAUGUAUUUAGAGCGAAGAGAAAUUACCGAAGCGGAUUCUUGAGUGGAGAACAAUUUGUCAGAUAGAAGAAAUGUGUACAGUGAUGUAAAAGCCAGCCGAUUCGAACAGCCACCUUCCAAUAGACUCAUUUUUCAAGUAUUUUCUAAGCAUGCUAGAUCUAACGAAAAAAAAAAAAAAUUAUAGUGAUGUGCAUGAAUCGUGGAUGGACACGCGAUGUCGAACGAAAGGGAGAACGUCAAGGUGAUUCGUUUUAAUGAACGCGCCUCCCGAAUUUACGUGUUCUUCUUCUUUUUCUUUUCUCUUCUGUUCGUUAGAGAUCCCGCAAACGAUACGUAUCGUAGCCUAGAAACAAAUUGCAAACGAAGACAACGGUCAAUGAAAUGCACCACCUUCGAAGGGUUUGAUUUUGAACUAGCAGCGAGAGACAAACACGAAUUACCUCGAAUUAUGUUAAUUGAACACGAUCGAAACGAAGAUUAAACGUACGUAGUUAAACUUUAGGGCGAGCAAACGAACGAAUUACCACGGGGCAUAUGGCUGAGAAAUAUUCCAAACACGAAUUAAAACUGUCGACAGAGAUAAAAAUGAUAGCAGCGACACAGUGUAUAUGUGUGUGUACGCGCGCGCCCGCGUUUAUACGCGUAUUAUUCGAUACGAACUACGGCGACGAUCCAGACGAUCAUUAUUGAGGAUGAUGAUAACGAUGAUGAUUAUGAUAAUGAUGAUAAUGAUGAUAGCAAACGAUUAUAAACGGGCGUGUUGCUACCUAUAACUAUUAGCAUGACAAAUUAUGACUGGUCCCUAGUAACUCUUUAAUCUUACGUUUGUCGCUUAAGUUUAAUGAUAAUGUGCCGAUAUCGGCGAUGUCGAUUUGUACAUAGGGUAUAAUUAUAAUAAUGAUAAUAAUAAUAAUAAUUAUAAUAAUAAUAAUAAUAAUAAUAAUAAUAAUAUCUAUCGGUACAACAAUGAAUGUAUUGUGGGUAGUGAUUGUAUCCAAGACCGUAAGAACGAACCGAAUGCGAGAGAAGAAAAAAAAAAUCAAUUUUAUCGUCGUGCAAAAUGCAGAAGCAAAAAACGCUGUCGUAUUCUUCUUAUUCGAUUUUAAACAAGUUUUUAAGUUUAUUGCAUGAUACCACGCAUUGUUGUUCAUUCUCCUCGACCGAGUUCCAUCGGGACUCGCAUCAAGAACGCGUCUUCCAAAUUGCCUGAUUGAACACACACACUAACACACACAUAUACUUGGUGAAUUUUACGAUUUUCUUUUAUCUCUCUCUCUCUCUCUCGCUCUCUUUGAAACGUACCAUAAAUACAAUUGAGAAUCAGUUUUGCUAGCCAUUCCCGAAAGACACGCACGAUCUCGCAAUCGGCAACCGUUGCAAGUAUCUUGCGGUCCUCAAUACUACGCACACCCAAUUGCUGUCUGUUAGCAAUGUUCGCCUUCGUAAUCUUUGCUCGAUUCUUGAACGGAGAUGUAGAGCAAAAUAAAUAGAAAGAUUCGCGGUGAAUCAAAGAGUAGGAGGAGGAGGAGGAGAUAUGAGCGUACGAACGAGCGCCGCGAUUAUGCGAAGCCGAUCGAACAGAAACAAAACGCUUUGUCGACGGUCGUCGUCGAAAUGAACCGGUUAACGUCACCACGGUAGAUGAUUACCGCGUGUGUUCUAUCAACGUCUCUUCUCGUCGCGAGAAGCUGCUCGAAACCCUCUCUCGAUUUGCCGACGAAAGCAGAGAAAAAUGAAGUAAACUCUUCUCGAUUGCGUUAAGAAGAAGAAGAAAAAAAGAUGUUUCCGGAUAGAAUUAAACAGACAAAGCACGUAAAUAAGCGAGUAAAUCGUAUUAAGGGUUAAAGAACACACCACACACAUACACACUUGUAGAAAAAGUACAUACGAAGUUACGCAUUGUGGACGCGCGUUUUAAAAUGAAAGUGAGAAAGAGAAAGAAAGGGAAGAAAGUGAGAUUUCACAGGCGCAGAAAAGACGGUACAAUUUCUUUUCUUUUCUGUGGAAUACACUUUCCAUCUAUUGAUAUCGUCGUGUGCUGUAACUAUUCUCUAUUUUAUUGUAAUACAAAUGAAUCCCUUUUUUUUUUCUUCUUUUUUUUUUUCAUUUUUCUUCAUGCGCGUGCCACGUUCCAAGCAUGAGACAAGGACAAAAAAAGAAGAGUAUAUAGCGUUUAGAAUGUUGUAUAUAUUAUUAAUUAAUGAUUAAUAUUAAUAUUAUUGUAUCGGCUCCGAUAGUUUAAUUGAUGAAUAUCACAUUAGUCGGCAUAAUUGUGGAUUCUGUUUUUUUCUACGAUAGGGAAGACGAUCUAUAUUAUAUUACGCGAUCGAUCGAUUGACAGUGUUUUGGAUCGUGAAAAAUUAACCGGGCGGACUUGAAUAACGUUUAGUUUCUUUUCGCGUUAGAAUCUUUUAUUCAAAAUCGCUAUCGAUAUUUCGAACGGAACAUUGAUAGAUUACGAGGCGAAUAAAGCAAGUGAAAAGCAACGAAACGUAUUUUAAUAUCGACGCGUAUUGAUUUUUUUUCUUUUUUAAACAUAGUUUUAUCUCGUCUAGUAUAUAACUUGUUUUAUUUUUUUAUUUUCAAAGAGUUUCUUGUUUUGUUUUUCAUUUAAUUUUUGAUUUUACUUGCCCCUGUCAUUUGCGUGAAUUACUUCGCACGUAAAAUUGUUUGUUUUAUUUUUUUAUGUUUCAUUGUAAUUGAACGACACCUUUGCGGGUCGAAUCGACUUUACAUUCAUUCGACAACGUAUUUUUAUUUGUAGCUCGACACGAGGUUCGAUCGACCCAAAGACGAGACCGAGUUUUACUCGAUCAAUUUUUUUUUUUUAUAAUUACAUUUUCAAUCUCAUCGACACUUUACGAUUUCUUCAUGUCUUCGAAUCAGCGAAUUUUUAUGUAGAGAACUAUCACAUUCUGAAUUAUCAAGACGUUAAAUAAUUACUGAUUGUGAGAAUACGUUUCAUUUUCCAAUCUAUACUUUCCGCUCAUUACCUUAAUCAUAGAUAACCGAUCACUCGAUCGGUCGAUCGAUCGUGCGACACGAAAAGUACAGUAAAAGCCUUUUUGCUCAUCAUCAUUGAAGUUGAAUGCGACGACGUUCGAUUCGUUCGCAUCUGUCGCGAGAAAACGAAAUGAAGAAAAAGAAAAUCAUAGAAUGAGUGUCUCGAAAUGUUUUUUCGCGAACUGACUGCCUGUUGUGCAAACAAAAAAAAAAAACUACGUUGCCUCGACAAAUGUGUCUAAUUUAUUGACGACGCGAUUAUUAUCAGGACCUUUAAGCUGCGUGCAAGUGAUAACGAAAGAUAACCGCGUGCGUGUGCGUGUGUUGACAAGAGAAUGAGUGAAGAGAAAGAGAAGGGGGAGAUCUGGUAUACCGGGUGGUCUUCGAUAAAAUUCGUUCUUUCUCCAUUAAUUUCUUUUUCUUUAAAUAAACGAAUUUGCGAAUUUUAGCUGAAAUUUUAGAUAACACGCGAUAUUUGUCGCGUCAGUCGACAGGGGAUGAAAGAAGCUGAUGUUAACGAGAGACCAUUUCCGGGCGGUCCAUCUUCGCGAGCGUGUCUUACGCGACGUUCUUCUUUUCCUCUUGUGUAUUUUGUUUCUCCGAGAUAAAAAAAUGAAAAAAAAAAAUAAUAAUAAUAAUAAGCCUGGACUAUUUGCAACGAGCGAUCUCACGUCUAUUUAAGCAUAAGUUUACGAGUUUAGCGUGGUGUAUUUGCUGUAUAGCGGCGAAUGAACGCGAAGAAAAUUUAUAAAUAUGUAAUGCCUUAAUGUUCUAUCGAUAAAUAAUGGAUAGCGUUACUGUAUAAUUAGUUGUGACGCGAUUAAAAUGGAAGAAAGGAAACGACACGAUAUAGGAUUCAAGAGAAUGAAAUGAAAUGAAAUGAAAUGAAAUGAUUGUGAGGAGCGAAACGAACGAACGAACGAACGAAGAAAACGAGCAAGCAUAACUGGAGAGAAAUAUACGGACAGACAGAGCAAGAUUAAAUAAAAGGAGUGUGCAGUUGGUGGUGACCGUUUGUCUCCAUUCUGUUCGUGAUUUGAUAUUUUUUUAUAAUUCAAACGACGAGAGAGAACGACUGGAGAGAAGAAGCGAGUAUAAAUGGAGCGUGUAUAGAGAGCGGACUGCUAUCUAAAAUAGUUCAGGCUAGAUGUCGAUGUUUGUAGCAGAUAAAGGACAAAAAACACAACACACAGCAUAUUGUAAUUAAAAUUAAAAGUCAUUAAUACCGCC